GACUGACAAGCUUCUUGACCAAUGGGAGCAGACACUACUCCAGAGUGGAAAGCUGGGAUUGGUCACUGGGGGAGGGGGAGAUUAUAUAGGCCUAUAUGUAUAGAUAUGCCUGACUGCUAAACCGUGAGGGCGGGACUAGGGAGUAGUGCAGUCUAGCUACAUAUGUUGAUACAGAUCAAAAAAACUGGACUAACAGCGUGCAUGCAUACGUUGUUCUUCGCGCAAACUAAUUUUUGUUUUAUAUGGAGAAGUUUUUCAUCGUGGGGAAAUUGUUAAAAAAGCCGCCCUCAACUCAACUGGCUCGGACAUUUUGGCGACCUGGCUGCAACAUUUGGGCCCUCCUCUGCCUCUGAACAAAGUGAAGGUUGAUAUGCCACAUCAGCCGCUGAAACCAGGAGAGAGUGGUUAUGUUUUCCGAGGAUGUAUGCUAGUUUACCCAGAGAGGAAAAACCAAGCAACAAACAACAACCACAACGAGUCUAAACAGAGUGAUGGAACCCAUGACGGUGACGACGUCGGUGGUCGGAUCGGACGAGUUUGACCGCAACGCCCCGCGGAUCUGCGGCGUGUGUGGUGACAAGGCCACUGGCUUUCACUUUAACGCUAUGACGUGUGAAGGCUGCAAGGGAUUCUUCAGGCGCAGUAUGAAGCGUAAAGCCUCCUUCACCUGUCCAUUCAACGGGAGCUGCACCAUCACCAAGGACAACCGGCGUCACUGCCAGGCCUGUCGUCUUAAACGCUGCAUUGACAUCGGCAUGAUGAAAGAGUUCAUCCUGACAGACGAAGAGGUUCAGAGGAAGAAGGAAAUGAUAUUGAAGAGGAAAGAGGAGGAGGCUGCCCGGGAGGCGAUGCGGCCACGGCUGAAUGAGGAGCAGGCCCGGAUCAUCUCGUCCCUGGUGGAAGCUCACCACAAGACCUACGAUGCCUCCUAUUCUGACUUCUCACGCUUCAGGCCUCCAGUGCGUGAAGGCCCAGUAACACGCAGUGCCAGCAGAGCUGCCUCCCUUCAUUCUCUGUCUGAUGCCUCCUCUGACUCAUUCAACCAUUCACCUGAGUCAGUGGACACCAAGAUGAACUUAAGCAACCUGUUAAUGAUGUACCAGGACGGAGCUAGCAGUCCAGAUUCCAGUGAGGACGACACAAAGCUGUCCAUGCUGCCACACCUGGCUGAUCUGGUUUCCUACAGCAUCCAGAAGGUCAUAGGCUUUGCCAAGAUGAUCCCCGGCUUCAGAGAGCUAACAGCAGAAGACCAGAUUGCACUGUUGAAGUCGAGUGCCAUUGAGAUCAUCAUGCUGCGUUCAAACCAGUCGUUCAGUCUGGAGGACAUGUCCUGGAGCUGUGGAGGACCCGACUUCAAAUACUGCAUCAAUGAUGUUACAAAGGCGGGGCACACUCUGGAGCUGCUGGAGCCGUUGGUGAAGUUCCAGGUUGGUCUGAAGAAACUCAAUCUGCAUGAGGAGGAACAUGUGCUGCUCAUGGCCAUCUGCCUGCUCUCCCCAGAUCGUCCCGGUGUCCAAGACCACGGCCGCAUUGAGCAGCUCCAGGACCGUCUGUCAGAGACACUGCAGGCCUACAUCCGGGUCAACCACGCAGGCGGACGCCUCCUCUACGCCAAGAUGAUCCAGAAGCUGGCCGACCUGCGCAGCCUGAACGAGGAGCACUCCAAGCAGUACCGCUCGCUCUCUUUCCAGCCCGAACACAGCAUGCAGCUCACCCCGCUGGUGCUUGAAGUGUUUGGCAGCGAGGUGUCAUAGCAGAGGAGGAGGCACACUCGCACGUACACACUCAUCACACACAGGGUUAAUCAUCAGCGACCCUUACCUGGCUUUUCCCAGAUCAGAUGGGUAGACAGUAACCUUCACCUCUUUAUCAUUUUCACAUCCUCAUCUUCCUUCGGACCUCAGGCAGCAAGACUCACAUACCUGGACCUCUGGAUUUACCCUGAAUACGAUGUGGAAUUUAGCAGCAUUUCGAUAACCGGAAUAUAUUCUUACCUCUGGGUUUGGAAACACAGUACCACAUUAAAUUUCAUGAUAUCAUGCAGAUAUCCUGAGUCAUACACAUCUGGAACAGACAGACAUCCUCCUCCUCUCAACAUCCACAAAAUCGAAAAAUCACCUUUUCUCAUCACCACCUUUCCUCAAACAUCACUGCUAGAUUUCUGCCAAUUUUUUCACAGUGGUGACAGCUUGAUGGAUGGACUGUCACAUCCCUGUUACCAUCAUCCUCAUAACAUUGCUCCAUGAUUGCAUCAUCUGUAUGAAAGACCGGAAUAGAUAAACACAUUUACAUCUAUUAACCAUGAUGGCACUUGUGAGGUACAGAUAAAUUGCUAGCAGUGUUACUACACAAGUGUUGGAUAGCUAUAAAAGUUAUGUUGUUGAUUUACAGUCUAUUGGCAGCAAAGACAUCCAAAUAUAUUAAGCAUCAACAUGGCCAUUCACGGGCAACCUUAAAACAAUGUAAUGGAAAUAGUUAGUUUACUGGUUUAAAAUACCCGGAUUAAGAUGGAAAUCUAGCAGGUGUGAUUUCCUUUUAAGCCCUAUGUAUCUGUGUUGUUUCUGUGUCUGUGGCCUCAGAUGGCCAGCUGAAACGAAGAAAGUUUAAGUGGGAAUAUUACAGCAUGGGAAUGGUGGGGAGAAAGGUGAGAUUUGGAGGAUUGAGUAAAGGAGGUAGCCAUGUUGGAUAGAUGGUGGGAGAUAUGGUUGGAAUUCCCUGUUCACAGGAUAAAAAGGAAUUUUACAAAACAAGAAUGUAUGUAUAAUGCUAUAUAAAUAUAAAUGAUACGUAUAAGCUGAUUUAUAUAAAUAUAUAUAUUUAAGAGAGUGAAACAUGGUUGCUUCCAUGGAAGCAAAGAGUGUUAUAAUGUAGAGGAUUUGAUGUUCCUCCUCAGGUGUGUGUGUGUUUGUGUGUGUGUGUCGUUGUACAAAAGACAAAUGUACACACAGACACACGCAUACGCACAUAAGAAAGCACUGAAAAGCGUGUGAGGAGUCCUUUUAUUUUUGUGAUGUGUGUACAGUAUAUGAGAAUAUUAAUGGGCCACAAGGGGGUGUGUGUACAGGCUCUGACUGAGGGUUUAGUGCAGGGACACACUUCUCUGUUGGAUUUUGUCGUUUUUGGACCUGUGAAGUUUGUAGACUGGCAUACGCAAACACAAUGUCAUGUUUUGUAGAUAGGGAUUAUCCAAAAAUAUUUGUCCGGCUUUUUAAAUUGCUGCUUAGACAGUUAGAGCUAGAUAGUUGGACAGAAACCAACUGCCGGCUAUUGCCUCAGGGAAAAGUUUGUCUGAUGAUAUUGUGUACUUGAUGUUUAUGGUGUGUGUGGCGUGAGCUUACAAUCAUAAGACAGAGAUUGUUUUUGAAACUCUAGGCAUCACUGUGAUUUCUAAUCAUACUAAAUAACAGCAUAAGUAAGCUAAAAGUGGAACUUUUUGAAAUAUUAAAUACUACGAAAUUUUCAUUACUAAGCUUAUGUGUUUAAUUAAAAACUCCUCUUGCAUAAUUAUACAAUCCAUUAGCGUUAAAAGUUGACAUACCCAUCAAUCUGAGUCAUCUGUGUUGAAUGAUUCCUUUCAGCCUUGAGUUUAGGUAAUUUUUUUUAGGGCAACAUGAAUAAUCUGCAGAUGGUAGCAAUGUACAGUGGUUAAACAAUGUACAGAUUAUAGUGUUUUUGGAAUGAAAUCCUUCAGAUGCUCUUAGUAUUAUAAAAUAACUUUUUAUAUUAAAUAUAAUAUCAAGCCUUCAUACCCUUUUGUCACAUUUAUAUAAUUUCAACACCAGCCACAUAAGCGAGGUUUAGGAUGUUAGUUUUCAACAUCACUACAUAUCAUAUCAUGUUUCUGUCGACAUAGUGCUCAUCCCUCACGCAGGCCUGGAACACCCCCUUGUGGACAAACUUUGUAAAUACCACUUGCUAAGUCUGUACAUAGUUAGUGAAUAAUGUAGGCAAAAUACUAAGAUAAUUAAAUUGUUGAUGGCAAGAUGCUCUGGAUAUACAGCACUAUAUGCAAUUAGGAGAUGGACUCUUAUAUUGUAUUCUACUAGAAUGGACAGAGUUGGCACCUUGGUCAAGUAGGGUUGCUUCAGGGUGCACUAAAGUAGACUGACAGAUUUGGGUUUGAACAGUAUAAUUUUUUGAUAUUUUUUACUUUUGGCAGCCAAUAUUCAGCAAAUUUGACCAAUUCCAUAAAAACCAAAUACUGAUUUUAGGUGUUUCCACAGAAAGGAGCAGGUUUCACAGACCACCCAUCCAUUUUGGAUGAUGCUCUUACUUGGACAACGAUGGGACUCAGAAAUCUGAUGUGUUAUAACAAUAAUCAGAAUCAUAAUAAUAAACAAAGACUUCUUGUGACUCAAAAUUCCCAGUGGUGGUUGUGUUGAGCAUUCCAACUCAGUCUCACGCACGAUCUACACCCAAAACCUCAGUAUGAACAUCCUUAACUCUCCGGCAGUCUAUGAAAUGCACCCAAAAACUGAGGAUGUUCUUACCAGGAAGUGUCCUCUCUGUCCAUUCGAAGCUUAUGGAUGUAUGUCUUUAAUCUUUCCCUCUCUUUCUAAAGUCUAUCAAUAAGCUUUUGACAAUUAUAUAGUAUAUCCAUAAUAUUUUUAUUUUGGUGAAAAUCAGAUUCUUUUGUUCUUUAUAAGAUUGUCAAUUUUAAUUUGAGUUUGCUGUCUAGCUAGUGCUUGGCUUGCUGCUCUGAGUCAUCAUUUAAUGAAGCAUAGAUGAGCAUGGUGGACUCCUGGAGCCUUUUCCAAGUGCAAAUGAACCAGCUCCCCUUCCCUUGGUCCCUUGAUUUCAAGUGAGUGAAUAGGGAAUAACCCAUUGAUGUGGCUUCACUUCUUGUUUGGACAGGGAAUUGACACUGGCACAUUCCCCUUCCGUUUUCUAAUGGAAACCAGAGGAGAAAGAACACAGUGGAGCAAAAUCUUUUCAUUGUCAAUGGAAAGGCAGUCCCAGGCUCUGUAAAAAGGAAGCUACAUCUGCUUUUCCAGAAGCAGGAUGUCAAACACAAUCAAGUCAUCAUGAACUAAUACUGCCUCAACUGACACAGGAUUUAGCCAAUGGCAAGCUAUUGCAGCAACAGCAUGGGCGUGCCUCUUCAUUCAUCACCCCGACAUCUAACCACCUCUUCUUCUGCAAUAGCCUAUUACAGCAGGAUUACUCUUCAUAGCUUUAACUCAGCAGCCAGUCAGGCACUGGUUUCAGAAAACUGUGGUGCAUCAAGGACUGACGGGAUUUUGAGAUUUAGGGGAACAGCUGCUGUGGAAUCAGCCGUGUCACUUUACUGUGUAAAAGACAAUGCAGAAAUUACUCCUUUGUCCUGUUUGACCCAGUGAACCUUUAGAUUGGACCCCCAGAAGACUGUGUAGAAUCUGUAUAGAAGAUACUAGGAGAUAAAGUAUUUUUAAAAUGAGAAUCGCAGAUGUAGUGACAUGCUGUACAGGCAGAGUGUGCAGUGACUGACGAGAUGUUGCCUCCUAAACCCAAAGUGUGGCAUCACCUUUCUCACUACUCUCGUGUCGCAGCUCUUGAAAUUCAGAUUAUUUUUUUUUACAAAUCAUUGUUGUUCUUUAAGAAUAGGUGUUGAAAUAUACAAGAGUGGACUUUUUACAUUCAACAUCAUCGUCUGUUUCAAUGCAGGACAGGGUGAUGGGGUGAGAGUCUGGUCCAUUUCAAGGGUUCUGAGAGUGAAACAUCAGUUAUUUAAUUUUGUUAUGCUGCUGUUGGACAUUACGUUGAUUUUCUGUGGAUAAUGGCUACAUUUUGGCUUGUAUGGAGAAUGUUAUAUGCCUGUAAGACAGAUCUGGCUUACAAUAUUCACACUAAUGGUUAACUGAGCCUUGUAGCUGAUGUGAGAGACCAUUAGUGCUCAAAUGAACCCAAUCAAGGUCGCAGACUCUCCCCUCUUAACCCUCCUCCCCUCAUCCCAGGUCAGCAGCUCCACCUCAGAAGCCUUACAUACAGAAACCUCACUCAGCUGGAAAUAUUUAACAGAUACCUCAAUAUUUUACAGGAUAACUAUUCACGAUGGCCUUUAAGGGAACCAAACAUGAACUCAUACCGCAGACAUACACUCACAGAGACACAACACAACUCUCUCCUCAGCAACCAGUGUUUUUAAGUCAAACAUACAGUAAACUAGUUGCCAGUUGUAUAAAGCAGAAGAUUGUCCAGUAGAAUCCUCUUGCCAGUUGACCAGUCAGUAUAUGAGUGGAUCCCAAUGUUUCUAAAUGUUUCUCUGCUUUACUCACUUGAUCCUCAUCUCUGCCUCAUUCUGUAUUUUAUGUCUUUGUUGUCUGUCUGUCUCUACAAACACAUGGCUUGCCGCUAAGCUUUGGCGCUGCGUUUAACCAAACAUACUACCUCUACGUUCCGCACAUAUAUAUAUAUAUAUAUAUAUAUAUAUAUAUAUAUAUAUAUAUAUAUAUAUAUAUAUAAAACUUGUAUCUUCAGAACAAAGACAAACGUUAAUGCUGCUGGCUGAGUUAGUUUUAGCAUGCAAGACAAUUAUAUACAACAGAAAAAAGGCCACGAUAGCUUACUUGAUUGGUGUUUUGGGUUAUUUUGUGAUACAGUUAAAACUGGAAGAUGCAACUGUAACUGAGAAGUGUAAGUUUAUCAACCUAGUUUAUAAAGAGACAAUGAAUUAGAUGUGAUUAAACCAGAGAGAAAAAUGUCAAAGGCUUAAAGAACCAGUUCAACAUUUUGGGAACAAUAUUUUCUUACAGAGUUAGAUGAGAAGUUGAUACCCUUAUAAUCUCAUGUCAGUCAGUGAAAUAUGAAGCUACAGCCAGGAGAUGCUUAGCUUAGCCUUAAAAGUGGAAGCAGUUGAAACAGCUAGCCUGACUCUGUCCCUCAAAAAAAAAAAAAAAAAUCAGCUUACCAAAUCACUAAUUAACACAUUAACAAAUAUGCAUGAAUUAUAUAACAAGAUAUAAUGUGCUCAUUAGUAAGCUUUAGAAGCACUUGUAAGCAUUUUUUAACCUUGGGCAGAGCUAAGGUAACUGUUUUCCUCUGAUUCCAGUUUUUAUGCUAGGCUAGAGAGACAUGAGAGUGGUAUUGUUCUUGUUGGCUAACUUGAAGGAAAACAAAUAAGCAUAUUUCCAUAAAUGAUGACAAAAAAACAGAAGGGACUCUUCAGCUCUGCUAGCUUGAGUUUUUCAGGCAGUCUAAUAUAGAGAAUCCUAGAAUAGAGAUGAGCCAAAAAUUUCAGAUAUGAUCAGCAAAUUGGAAUACAGCCUGACUCUGACUCUGACAGAAGGCAGUCGGUCCUACUUGAGUUUAGCCAUGUCUAUAAAAUGCGAUGAUGCUACUAAACAGGUAUUGUGAUUGUCUGAUGGGACUCCACCGACUUAAAAGUGCUGGAUUGGUGUCGCACAGUUAAAAACCUCUUGAUUAGGUUUGUGUAAGUGCUUUCAGCUUAAACACAACUGUUAAGACCAAGGAUGAAGGUCUUGGAAUAGAUUCAUACCUACUUAGAAAAGGGAAGUGGUAGUUAGACUUUGAUAAGCGCUCUGUCCUAACAUCUAAAAUGUAAAAAGUAGUGGCUGUGGCCCUGGACUUAAUACCCAUUACCAGUGGUGUCCCUCUGUCAGCUUGGCUUUGUUAUUGAAGGUUUUGUCUGUGUUUGUCUCUAGCAGUAGCUUUCCUCAAAUUGAUUAGGGUUUGUAACAUUGGGAUCCCAUUUAGAUAUUCUAGAUCCAAAUAGUGUGUAUUUUAUGUACUCUACUUUUCCACUCUGCCUUCUUCUAACUCCCACUACCUCUGGUUUUAAAUCCUUUGUUUAUUUGCUGCUUUCACUCGUUUCAGAAAACCAGACCUUCAGAGUAUAUGCUAUCAACCAAUGACCUGCGUUUCAGCUCACAGCAUGUGGAAGUUAAUACUUCUUAAGUUUCAUUUAUAUCCACCAGCUGCUGUUGAUGCAAAGCUUUGGGCAGAAAUUGACAGACAUUGACAUAGAUUUUGACUUUCACUUGGAAAAACACCCAAUUUGUGUACUAGCUAAUAGCAAAAAAAUGAAAUAAAUAUUAGGAAGCAUAUUUGUUAAUUAAAUGUUCGCAAAAAAAAUUAAAUCAACAGAUUUAUGAGUAGAUAUCAGUUUGAAGUGGUCUCAGUUAAGGCCUGUGGCUCAUACUGAAAUAUUGUCACCCGUGUUUGAACCGUAGGAGAGCAGUAGAUAGAAAGUUGGCUUUUCUACUGUCAUAACGAACAGAUGGUUGUCAUUCGAGACAGAUUGUCACCUGUUGCUCUGAUUGCAUUUCUCUGCUACCUCUUUAAAUAUGCGCUUGCUCACACAAGCACUUAAACAACUGUGCUCACAGGCAAAUAUACACUCAUACUGACACCGAACACAGUACACACACUCAGAUAGACACACUCACAAAACACACACAUGUGUGCACUUAUUUCUCCCUCACCAGCAGUUUUUGCCAAUAAUGCACUUGUGUUUUUGUGUCUAAAUGCUGUGUGAUAUCUAAAACAUUAUGUUGUCAUCAUCUAUAUUUUUCUUCUUUUUUAAAAACUCUAAUCUUUGUAGUAAGACCUGGGCUAGCCAGAUGGUUAGAAAUAAAUUGAACAUUAAUUAAUUCAGAACAUGCAGAAAGUUUCAUGUCUUUGAAAAAAAAAUGCACAUAUUGCUCAACUCAGUUGUACCUUGGUGUGCCUAGAACCCACAGCCUUAUUUUGGGACAAUAUCAGGGGUUUUAAACCAGAAUACAGGACUGCCUGUCUGCCUGUAUUGCUGAUGUUAAGAUAGUUUCAUUUAGUUUCAGUAACUGUUUUUUCUUUUCUUCAUAUUGACACAUUUGUUAGUUUCUGCAAUUGUUGUAUCGGAUUUAUGAGUAAACAAGCUCAUGGGAGGUGCAUGUUCUGACAAGGAUGUGCUAAGUCAGUGUUUUUCUGCUGGUUGUUCUUUUGUUUCAAUCUGUACUUCUAUUAUAGUGUUUCAUGACAUUAUAUUUAUAGUUAUAGUUUUCAGUGACAGUUGGUUAUUAUGAUGCCUACCUGGUUAAAAAAUGUCUUUUCAAGUUAAAUUCUUACUGGUUGUGCUGAUGCAACAGAGUCUAAUGCAACUUUUUAACUGUUUCAUUUGACUUAAUUUAAGCUUAUUUUUAAGAAUGUCUAGCAGACUGUGACCUCCCAUAGGAUGAACUAUUCUCAUCAUUAGGAGAACAAAAGAAAAAAACAAGUUUAAAAUUGUAGUUGAUCUCAGCAGAGUCCCAAAAUAAGUACUUUUACCUUCACACAUGCACACCACCAUGCAGUGAAACUCACCAGAACUAGCAGAAACCUUUUCAACAUAUACAGUUGCCAUGGCAUCGCUAUUGAUGGCACCAUCAGUAGCCCUAUGUGUAGAAGAAAUAGUGUUAUACAUAUAGUAUCUUAACCAAUGUCUCUCUUUGUGGUCAAAAUCACCACCUGUUUUUUUUAUGUUGCUCUUUUCUUUUUGCUCUUCUUGUCUUUGAAGUUGAUCCAUUGUACUUUGAUUACAUGCAUUGUAUGUAGUAAAAUACUGAUAAUGUUUUGGGGAAAUCACAAAUAAAACCGCUGUACAUAAUGAUGCAAAAUA